UCUGGCAAAUCAGUCUGUGGUUUGGGGAGAAUCCAGCAAUGUGCUUUGCAGAAGCGGAAAUAGAAGCAUUUGUUCAGCUGGAUAGUGGACUCCUUGAAGGCUCUGGCUGUCCAUAAUAAAAUGCUGGUUAAGCGGAGAUCAGAACAGCAAAAAUAUCGUAUAGCCUGAAACCGCUUUUGCCUUUUGUCAUUUUCCAGGGAGCAGACAUGUCACCAUUUCUUCGAAUUGGUUUGUCCAACUUUGACUGUGGGACCUGCCAGUCCUGUCAGGGCGAGGCCGUGAACCCUUACUGUGCUGUGCUUGUAAAAGAGUAUGUUGAAUCAGAAAAUGGCCAGAUGUACGUCCAGAAAAAACCAACCAUGUACCCACCUUGGGAGAGCACCUUCGAUGCCCACAUCAGCAAGGGGAGAGUGAUGCAGAUCAUUGUGAAAGGCAAAAAUGUGGACCUCAUCUCAGAAACUACGGUAGAGCUCUACUCGCUGGCCGAGAAAUGCAGAAAGAACAAUGGGAGGACAGAGUUAGAGCUGAAACCUCAAGGCCGAAUGCUCAUGAAUGCAAGAUACUUCCUGGAAAUGAGUGACCCAAAGGACAUGAGGGAGUUCGAGACGGAAGGCUUCUUCUCACUGCACCACCGCCGAGGGGCCAUCAAACAAGCCAAAGUCCACCACGUCAAGUGUCACGAGUUCACCGCCACCUUUUUCCCACAACCCACAUUUUGCUCUGUCUGCCAUGAAUUUGUCUGGGGUCUGAACAAACAGGGCUACCAGUGUCGACAAUGCAAUGCAGCAAUUCACAAGAAGUGUAUCGAUAAAGUGAUAGCUAAGUGCACAGGAUCAGCUAUCAACAGCCGAGAGACCAUGUUCCACAAGGAGAGGUUCAAGAUUGACAUGCCGCACCGCUUCAAAGUCUACAACUACAAGAGCCCGACCUUCUGCGAGCACUGUGGCACGCUGCUCUGGGGCCUGGCGAGGCAGGGCCUCAAGUGUGACGCAUGUGGCAUGAACGUCCAUCACCGGUGCCACGCAAGGGUGGCCAACCUGUGUGGUAUAAACCAGAAGCUAAUGGCUGAAGCGCUGGCAAUGAUCGAGAGCACGCAGCAGGCUCGCUCCUUAAGAGAUUCAGAACUCAUCUUCCGAGAAGGUCCAGUUGAAAUUGGUCUCCCAUGUUCCAUUCGAAGUGAAACAAGGCAACCAAACUUCCCAACCCCUGGAAAAAGAGAGCCUCAAGGAAUCUCGUGGGAGUCCCCACUGGAUGGGGUGGAUAAGAUGGGCCAUCACCCUCAACCUGAACUGAGCAUCGAAAAACCAUCUCAGCAGAUGAAACUGAGAAUCGAGGAUUUCGUCUUGCACAAGAUGCUGGGGAAAGGAAGCUUCGGCAAGGUCUUCCUAGCCGAGUUCAAGAAAAGCAAUCAGUUCUUCGCAAUCAAAGCCUUGAAGAAGGACGUGGUUUUGAUGGAUGACGAUGUUGAGUGCACCAUGGUGGAGAAGAGAGUCCUGUCCUUGGCCUGGGAGCAUCCGUUUCUAACACACAUGUUCUGCACGUUCCAGACCAAGGAAAACCUCUUCUUUGUGAUGGAGUAUCUCAAUGGUGGAGACUUGAUGUACCAUAUUCAAAGUUGCCACAAGUUCGAUCUUUCCAGAGCCACGUUUUACGCUGCUGAAAUCAUCCUUGGCCUGCAGUUCCUUCACUCCAAAGGAAUUGUCUACAGGGACCUCAAGCUCGAUAACAUCCUCCUGGACCGAGAUGGCCACAUCAAGAUCGCGGACUUCGGGAUGUGCAAGGAGAACAUACUAGGAGGCGCCAAGACCAACACUUUCUGCGGGACUCCCGACUACAUCGCCCCGGAGAUCUUGCUGGGUCAGAAAUACAACCACUCGGUGGACUGGUGGUCCUUUGGUGUGCUCCUUUACGAAAUGCUCAUUGGCCAGUCGCCUUUCCAUGGGCAAGACGAAGAGGAACUCUUCCACUCCAUCCGCAUGGACAAUCCUUUCUAUCCCCGGUGGCUGGAGAGGGAGGCCAAAGACCUGCUAGUAAAGCUCUUUGUGAGAGAGCCCGAGAAGAGGCUGGGAGUGAAGGGGAACAUUCGCCAGCACCCCCUGUUUCGAGAGAUCAAUUGGGAAGAACUUGAGAGAAAGGAGAUCGACCCCCCGUUCAAGCCUAAAGUGAAAUCACCCUUCGACUGUAGCAAUUUCGACAAAGAAUUCUUAAGUGAGAAGCCCCGGCUGUCGUUCGCCGACGGAGUGCUGAUCAACAGCAUGGAUCAGAACAUGUUCAGGAACUUCUCCUUCAUGAAUCCAAGCAUGGAGGGGUUCAUCUCCUGAACCUCCUCCGUCUGCAGACGGCAGGCGGGAAGGAAUUCCCUGCCUUCUGGGGAAUGGAUCUUGGGUUCCUUUCUCAAGUUGGAAGAGCAAAGAAACACGCAAGAGAGGCUGAGAUCUUGUAGCUCCUCGCAUGGUUUUGUUUUGUUUUUUUUAAAUUCAUAGCAAAAACCGACUCAGUUUUCACUAAUGACAACACCUGCUGGUAUCUUUCACGCCGCCCUGGAAGUUAAGUCGUUGCUAACCCUAGUUAUUUACUUGAAGGGAAAAAAAAAAGGCUCUCCACACUGUGAAAGAUUUGAAACGUAAUACUGCUUUCAAUGAUGGCUCUUCACUUGACUACCACUGCUCAUGGAU